AUGGCAGCAAAUGUGGGGAACAGCAAGCCAGCGCCGCUCCCACUCGACGGCCGCGUCGCGCUCGUCACGGGCGGCUCGCGCGGCAUCGGCCGGGAGGUAUCCUCCCACCUCGCCGCCCUGGGCGCUCGCGUCGUGAUCAACUACGCCUCCGACUCCGCCAAAGCAUCCGCGCUCGCCACGGAGCUCAACUCGCGCGGCCUCGACGGCGGCGUCCGCGCCGUGGCGUUCCAGGCCGACGUAUCCGACCCCGCGUCGGUGCGCGCGCUCUUCGACCACGCGGAGGCGGCGUUCGGCUCCCCGCCGCACAUCGUGGUCGCCAGCGCCGGGCUCCUGAACCCCAAGUACCCCGCGCUCGCCGACACCACCGUCGAGGACUUCGACGCCAUGUUUGCGGUUAACGUGCGCGGCACGUUCCUGGUGUGCCGCGAGGCGGCCAACCGCAUGCCGCCCAGCAGCGGAGGCCGAAUCGUGACCUUCUCGUCGUCCAUCAUGGGCACGCUCCUCCCGGGGUACGCGGCAUACACAGCGACCAACAGCGCGGUGGAGGCGAUGACGAGGAUCCUGGCAAAGGAGGUGGCGGCCAAGGGGGUCACGGCCAACGUGGUGGCUCCUGGGCCGGUGCGCACGGAGCUGUUCAUGGCCGGGAAGGACGAGGCGUUCGUGCGCAGCGUGGAGGCUCGGUCCAUGGGGCGCCUCGCCGAGACGACGGACGUGGCGCCCGUGGUGGCCUUCUUGGCGAGCAACGCCGCGGGGUGGGUCAACGGCCAGGUCAUCAGGGUCAAUGGCGGUUUCGCGUGA